UCCGCAACAACUAGUCAAGAUUCCUUAUAUCGUUUCAUUUUAGUGAUACUGUACAAACUGAUAUUUACUUCCACAGCCUGAUCAGCUGAUAUUUUUGAAGUAUUUUCUGUGAUGAAUCCAGGAAGACUUCCUGACAUAUUUCUCAUCAAGGAGCAAAUGUUCUACAACAACAACUGACUACAAACAGUCAUUUUAAGGAGGAUUAUAAUGAUUACAUGGUUAUUACUGAUUUCACUGUUCAGCAAGAGCAAACAAGAUGGAAGUGGACAAGAAACUGGUGUUCUGCAGUGCGGACCUCAGAAUCUGACUCUUACCGGUUCUGACCAGACGAUGCUGGUAACAUGGGAAGACGACCCUUCAUGCUCUGCUGUUAAAGACAUGCUGAUCUAUGAGCUGUUUGUUCUUGUCACAGACAAGCAAGUACAUUAUGAUAAAGUGUCUGUAACGCCUGACCAGAUAGGAUCCACUCACUCCUGGAACUGGACGUCCCAUUUGGCCUUGGAGUGUGUUUCCCAUUCAGUCAGACUCAGCUCACGAUACAAAAACCAAACAGGCCCAUGGAGACAAGAACAGACUCUUCCAGGAAACGAAAAAUCCACACAGCUGGAGAUUUAUCCAAAGGACAGAGUGUUUGAGGUUGGCAGCAGAGUCACCUUCUGCUGUGUCCUGCCAGCAGGUUAUAUCUUUGACAAGAUGUAUCUGACUGAGUACAGCAGCGCCAACAUGACCAUUACCAAGAGCAACAAUUGGACAUAUGCCUUGACUGUCCACCUGAACCAGUCGUCAGAACACAGCUGCACUGAUGUCAAAUGUAUAGCAAACAUCAGUACUGGGAAAACAACCGAGAAUGGAGCUUGUGCCUUUAUUGGCUACCCACCCGGUGAUAAGGAUCUUCAGUGUGAAACCCGGGAUCUGGAAUCAGUCAGAUGUCACUGGACAGUAGGAAGACACACACACCUGCCCACAAAACCCACAACUUACCAGCUUCUUGGAAGACCAUGUGCAAAUGAGUCUCCAGGGAGUUGCUCACAAAAAGUGCAAGUCAAUGUUGGUGAGAGAAACUGGACCUUAAUGGCACACAAUGAACUUGGGACGGUGGAGCUCUCAGACAGGGCUGACCUGACUAAAAGAGUGCACAUGUUUGCUCCAGAGGGAGUGACAGCUUCUACUGUGAAUGCCAGAACUGUCAGCUUGGAGUGGGGGUGGAAGCUGCCCCAGUACAAUAAUCUCAAUAUAACAUGCCAAGUAAACGUUAGCCAUGGUAGCACAAAUACCAUGAGUGAGAGCUGUGGAGUUGGCCUUAAUUCUGCAGUUUUGACUGACUUGAUACCACACUGGCAGUAUAACGUGAAAGUACGAUGUGGAACAACACAACAUUUCUGGAAAUGGAGUAACUGGAGCACAAGAUUCAACUUCCACACAAAGGGUGAUGUUCCAGAUGCUCUUGAUGUGUGGAUGCAGAUGAAGGAUAAUGACAUUACAGUCAUUUGGAAAGUGCCACUGGCCAACCAGAGUCAUGGACACAUCACAGAUUAUGAAGUGACCUGGGCAAAGACCACAGAGACAGAACGACAAAACAGAACCACAGUGGCUCACACCAAGCACAAUCUUUCAAUUAGUCUAGACACCACUGAAGAGUAUCUCGUCACAGUUACAGCAAGGAACAUGAACGGCAGCUCAUCCCCAUCCACCAUCACCACCCCCCACUUCAAUCCAGACACAAACACAGUGAGCACUUCUCGGAUCGCUGGCGUCAACGGCAGCUUCAACCUGUCCUGGUUUGCCAGUCCUACAGCAAGUUGUGGAUACAUAGUGGACUGGUGUCCUACCUCAGGUCAUGGCAGCGUGGAGUGGCUCCACGUGCCUCCCCAUGAAACUAACGCCAUUAUAUUUUCAGAAAACUUCAAAGAUGGACUGAGAUACUCAUUGUCCAUAUAUGCCUGCACCCAGGGAGCUCCAGUGCUGCUAGAAAGAAGAGAGGGCUACAUCAGAGAGAAAAAAAUACAAGAGGACCUCUUUAAAAGACUGAAAUGGAAACAGCAGGAUUCAAAUGUUGAGGUAUCCUGGGAUCCAGUGCCUCUGACAGAACAGACUGCUUUCAUAGAAGGCUAUAUUCUGUAUUGGAGAGAGGACAACAACAACAACAACAACAAAAUAUUCUUCAAUGUGAGCACAGACAGUCCUGAAGCCAUCAGCCUCACAGCAAGAAACCUGAAAAUCAGUUCAUAUAGAUUUACAGUGAAGGCACUGACUGCUUUGGGAGAGUGUGGCACUAAGGAAUUCCCUGCCAACUUGAAUUCGCAGACUGAUAACUUGAUCAAGGCAGUCAUCAUCUCCCUAGUCACUGUUUUUAGUCUCCUUUGCCUCAUCACUGUCGUUUGCUACAGACACUGGGUGUGCAUCAAACAGAGGGUGUAUCCUCCAAUCCCAAGGCCACUGUUCACGGACAAGUGGUUAACAUCACCGGGUGAGCACAUUUGCCGUCCUCUUCAUGUGGAGGAGUGUUACCACAGUGAAGCAGAUAUCAUGGAUAUUCCAGAGCUGCAGUAUAAACCAGGAGCACUGGUGAAUGGUUAUGUCAGCAAUGAGAACACACUUUUCAUUUUUUCUCCAACUCCAAAGGGUUACUACAACCAGCCCCUGAAAAACUGCACCCCACCACUGCUCUGUUUACCCACUACAACAGUCCCAUCUCAGUCUGCUUUACCGUCUUCUCCAUUCAGAAGUGUAUUUCCUAACCCGUCAUAUAACCUGAUAAUGCAGACUGGUGAUCAACAGUGCGACUCAGAGCCUGGGGUUCAGGAGGAGACUCAUUUAGAGAGAAACUCUGGUGGAUACCAGCCUCAGGGCCACACAGAAACCAUCACCCCAAACCAGACAGAAGAGGAUCCAGUGAGUCUCAUGCCCUGUGUCUCCACUUACAUUUUGUUACCACAGUCACCUUUCAAAUAGUUGUGGUAUGCAUAUGUAGUACGAUAUCAAAUAUGAUAAGGCUGCCAGAAAAUGGAAAUUAACAUGAAGCUGCUAUAUGUGUACUCACUGGUUAAUUUAAGCUUAGUUUUGUUGAUAAAUGUUUGCUAAUAAAGUAACAAUGCACUGUGACUUAGCUUGACUGCUGUGGUUUUGCCCUUACAGUUGGCAUAUGGAACAUGAUUCCUCUAUAAAGCUAAAUCAUCAUCAUCCCUGCCACUCUCUAAUAGCAUACUCUGAAAAUCCAUUUUCUGCUUGAGCUCAGUAAUUGUGAAAUCCAUGUAAGGUUACAUGCAGGAAAUCCAGCUGUUGCUUUCUGGUAAAUCUUGAGUCACAGUGGCCAGAUCAGACAUGUUGUACUUAAAACCAGAAUAUUUCAGUUCUUGGAAAAUGAGCAAGAGUGAAACAGAUAGUGAAGACAAACAUUGUCCAAACUCUCAGAAGUUUGUUUUAAUUUCAAGUAGAGGUCUCAAAGUUUCCAUAUUUGAGAGAAAAUGUGAAUGAAAAGAUGUAGAAACCAUGUAUAAUAACAUGUAUAAUAAUUUUAUUUAUCUAGCACUUUUCAAUCCUGGUUUUCAACAGGAUUACAACAUUAAGAACUAGAGAUUAGAUAAAUAUUCGUAGUAUUUGCAGUCCUGGCAGAGCCACAGUGACCACUGAGCUGAGUUCAUGUCUUUGGUAUUUGGUCUGGAAAUGUUUAAGUUUUAGCAACCAACAAAACAAAUAAACACUGUAGAUAAAUGACUCAGAAUUUUGUCAUGGCAGUGUAGAGAAGGUUCAUGAAACAGUGUCUAGACAUUUGUGAUGGUAAAAUCUAUUCAUAUAAAAUAUAAUUGAUCAGCUGAAAACAUAAAAUGUAAGGUACAGGCUCUAUACCUGUUGAUCAGGGUCAAAUAGGCCUCAUUAAAUCGUUUAUUCAGUUUGUAAAACAAUAAAACUUUAUAGGUAGAGGUGGUGUGCAUUUAAAAAUGUGAAUGUAAUAUAUAUUGUUGUUCCACAUUAAAUCACAUCCUGACUGA